GAGGCCCGGUCGCGCGGCGGCGGCGGCGCUGCUCCUGGCCCAGCCGGCGGCGGCCAUGGCGGCCGUGCUGUCCCCGCGCCUCUGCGACAGCGACCCCGCCACGCCCGGCGCGCAGUCCCUCAAGGAUGACACAGAAGAAAAUUCCAAUGAUGGCAGCCAGCCAUCCAAAAGACGGCGUAUGGGCUCAGGGGACAGUUCUCGGAGCUGUGAAACUUCUAGUCAAGACCUUGGAUAUAGUUAUUUUCCUGCUGAAAAUUUAAUAGAAUACAAAUGGCCACCAGAUGAAACAGGAGAAUACUAUAUGCUUCAGGAGCAAGUCAGUGAAUAUUUGGGUGUAACUUCCUUUAAAAGAAAAUAUCCAGAUUUAGAAAGGCGAGAUCUGUCUCACAAGGAGAAACUCUACCUCAGAGAACUAAAUGUUAUCACAGAGACUCAGUGCACACUAGGUCUAACAGCUUUGCGUAGUGAUGAAGUAAUUGAUCUUAUGAUUAAAGAAUACCCUGCCAAACAUGCUGAGUAUUCUGUUAUACUGCAAGAGAAAGAACGUCAGCGAAUAACGGAUCAUUAUAAAGAGUACUCUCAAAUGCAGCAGCAGAACACACAGAAAGUAGAAGCCAGUAAAGUUCCAGAAUACAUUAAAAAAGCUGCCAAAAAAGCUGCAGAAUUCAACAGCAAUUUAAACCGAGAGCGGAUGGAAGAAAGAAGAGCCUAUUUUGAUUUACAGACGCAUAUUAUCCAGGUGCCUCAAGGAAAAUACAAAAUCUUACCUACAGAGAGAACAAAGGUUAGUCCUUAUCCAGUGGCUCUCAUACCCGGCCAGUUCCAGGAGUACUACAAAAGAUACUCUCCAGAUGAACUUCGUUACUUGCCGUUAAACACAGCUCUUUACGAACCUCCUUUGGAUCCAGAGCUGCCUGCAUUGGACAGUGAUGGAGAUUCAGAUGACGCAGAGGAAGGGCGAGGUGAUGAGAAACGGAAAACCAAAGGCAAUUCGGACAAUUCGUCUGGCAAUGUAUCUGAAGGUGAUUGCGCCACAGACAACCAGGAGGAUUCUUUUCAGGGAAGACAAAAAACAAGAGACAAAAGUGCUACUCCAAGAAAAGAUGGUUCCAAACGUUCUGUAUUACCCAAAUCAGUUCCUGGGUACAAGCCAAAGGUCAUUCCAAAUGCUAUAUGUGGAAUUUGUCUGAAGGGUAAGGACUCCAACAAGAAAGGAAAAGCUGAAGCUCUUAUACAUUGCUCCCAGUGUGACAACAGUGGCCACCCUUCUUGCCUUGAUAUGACCCCGGAGCUUGUUGCUAUGAUUAAGACUUAUCCUUGGCAAUGUAUGGAGUGUAAAACGUGCAUAAUAUGUGGGCAGCCUCACCAUGAAGAAGAAAUGAUGUUCUGUGAUGUAUGUGACCGUGGUUAUCACACUUUUUGUGUGGGGCUUGACGCUAUCCCUUCAGGUCGCUGGAUUUGUGAUUGUUGUCAAAAAGACCCUCCUGUACCCAGAAGAGGAGGAAGAAGGGGGAAAAACAGCAAAGAGGGCUAAAAAAAACC